CAGACAACUUUGCAUCUUGGUGCUGGAAUCUAUGCUGAACUAGUAUGGACACUCCACCUUGCUCAGCAUGUCGCAGUACUAGUGAUGAUAUUCUCCCAUCUCCUGACUACAGUCGUGCACUUGGACGAGGCCUGGAAAUUCAAAUUGAUGACCUUCUCAGUAAUGCAGCCUCGGGAUGUCAACCUUGUUCCGUGCUUCUCAGUGCUCUCCGGACAUUCCAGAAUCUAUCACCGGACUUUGAGACGAAUUACCCGGACAGAUACGUGGAAAGCCUAUUUGUAAAACGUUCUAAUACCGAUACCUUGCUUGUUACCUUUGACUGCUCAGGCACGUACGUGGACCACCUGGAGCUCUACAAUGAAAGCGGUACGCGUGAAAGAAUAAACGGACAAAGAUAGAGGCUGGCAGUAUAUUAACUUCAAUUAGGGUCUCAACCUCCUUGGGCUGGCUUGGGAUGUAGUGCGGAGAUUCCCGAGGAGAUCACCCUGGAAUCAGCUACGGCUAAAGUUAAGAAGUGGAUGUCAGUAUGCGCCCAGCACUCUGAUUGUCAGGACUUCGGGUCGGAUGAGUCCAUAUUACCAACACGAGUCCUCAAUAUCAGCGAAGACAUAGUUUGUCUGCAAGAGAAUGCUGGAAAGACAGGAAUAUACGCCACGUUAAGUCACUGCUGGGGCACUUCGCAACCUCUUACCACAACCAAAGCUACCUUGCAAGAGCGAUGCAAUGGCAUCAGCUGGAAAUCUCUGCCGCAGGUGUUCCAAGAUGCCAUUUCUCUUACGAGAAAUCUUGGAAUUGGAUAUAUCUGGAUUGACUCACUUUGCAUCAUCCAAGGAGACGAGGUGGACUGGACCCGAGAGUCCUCAAAUAUGGUUGCUAUAUACUCCGACUCAUGUAUUAACAUCGCUGCGACAUCUUCUCCUGGAAGCCACGGCAGCUUGUUUGGUUCAAGAUGGACGACUCCGAUAGCAUACGAGACAGAUCUAGCAGACAUGCCUCAACGACCAGUGAGGUCAUACACGAUUCCACUGCCAACACAGAGCUCUACUGUCAAGGCUCGCUACAGCUUACGGCCUGCUCAUGAACAUGUCAAGAGUCUCCACCUCUCAAAAGAGGGAAAACGAUCCGAUGUCUUUCAGAAAGGCCCCUUAUUGACACGAAGUUGGGCUUUUCAGGAACGCAUCCUCUCACCUCGGACCAUACACUUUCACUCCUCUGAAAUGGUAUGGGAAUGCAAUGAGGCUUUCAAUUGUGAAUGUGGAGAGUUGCUUCAGAUUGAUCCGGGAGUGUACAGAGGCGCUCUUAUCGUCGGGAAACGAUGGCGCUACGAGCUGGAGACAGGGCCGGAUGAGGGCGAUCCGACAGACUCUUACACGCCACUCAACCGAUGGCUUGAUGGCGUGGAGCUAUAUUCACGACUUCGAAUCACCGACAUUACUGACAGACUGCCGGCUUUGGCAGGAUUGGCAACCAUAUUUUCGACUCGGAUUCAUUCCGAAUACGUGGCUGGUCAUUGGAAAAGCGAUUUACCUCGAAGUCUUUGCUGGAAGGUUGUGGGAGAGGAGAGAGAUGGGCCUGAAUCUGGCACGCAGAUGAUCUUUGGGAAAAGGUGUGUUCCAUACUGUGCGCCGUCUUGGUCAUGGACUUCUGUGGAUCUCUCAAGCACUGGCAUCGCCACAUCUUUCGAGGCACGGAUCACAUUCGAACAUCUCAUUAUGACCGACUUCGUCCCCGAUGAGCGUUUUAAGCUAAUCAACGUCCAAUGUACAACUGACCCUGUGUCGCCCUUCGGCAAAGUUACCGAAGGCUCUCUCACAUUCCAUGCGCCAGUACUUCGAACCGGGCUGUAUUUGGACGAUGCAGCUUUCGAUGCUGAAUACUACAUUGAAUUCCCGAACAGACUUCAGCUCGCGGAUCUGGAUUUCAGCCAUGAGCAUCUGGAAUUUUGCAACUCGAAACGCUCGUUACAAGGCCUCAAAGACGUCAGGGAGCUUCACAUUGUCUUGGCCUUGAUAGGUACGACGGAAGGGCUCACAGAAUCCACGAGAAGAAUUCUUGCCUUGAUUUUGCAGCCAGUGGCGGGCUUACCAGACAAGUGGGAGCGUAUUGGCCUGCUCAAGUGUCCAGAGGAAGAUGAGUUCCUCAACGCUGAUAUUAGCAAGAUUGAGAUUAUCUGAAAGAGAGAGUAGUCCCACAUACACAGAGAAAUAAGUACGGCCCAACUUUGCCAAAAGAAAAACACUUUGUUUUCAACAAGAUGCGUGCUAUCCUCACAUCGAGAGGUCUCCUUUCUGGAUAUGGAUAUACCAAGUCUUCAGAAUCCGCUAAGACCGUCGCCUACACUCUUUCAAGGCCAUCAUAUACUCUUACAGGGACACAGAUUCUACUUUAUUCGACGUCUCGCAUAUUAGCUGCAUCUUUGCGAAUCCCCAGCUUGUUUGAUAAACAUCGUUUUUGGAACAAGGUUGAUAGAUCGCUUUGUUGACUUUGAUUUCUUGGCGCAUUCGCUAGCGACUAUAGCAAGAAUGCGGAGGUCCAGAGCGUCCGUAAAUUUCUAUCAAUUGACUCCGAGACUGUAAAGACCCAUACAUGGGUCGUUUUCUGUAUGAUCUUGAGGGCAAAUAGCAUGUAGCUGAGGGCUAUUUCUGUGUGGGGCGGGAGGAUGGGGUUUAGCCUUGUCGAAGGGUGUCCGCGAGAGGGGAAGAGGGGGGCGAUAUUGUCAAGUCAUUCAUGGUUAGAAAUUGGGGAUUGCAUGACAUGAGAAGAAAAUUUGAAGGGUUCAGCAUGAAAGUUGGGAAGGAGAGGGGCUCGGUUGCUCGUUCGUAUCGCCCAGAGGGGGCGGAAGCCCACGAUCUCUUGUGUUGACUUGGUUGAUAACUCGUCAAGCCAUGCAUGAGCCUUGAACUCUGACGCUCCUGACAGAUGGUAGUUAAUAGCCAAUAAUUUGGGAACCUAAAGAUGUUAGUAAUUUCAUGCGACCCUGUUGCAUUUCUUCUGGGAUGCUGCACCUCAAAUUUCAACGGAUUCAUCGCUAUUCGAUAGCACCAUUGAUACUUUUUGUCGCAGACACUACCACUAUCAUAUUUGAUCAGAUUUCAAUUUGAAUCUAAUGUCAUUGUAGG